AUGGCGACUUCAAACUCAUCAGAUGAGUUCACCAUACUCACCCCGAACGCCAUGCUUGGCUACGGGUAUGACUCGAAUCAUUUCUGGUACGGCAUCAACAAGUACAAGCCAAGGGCCAUCAUAGUCGACAGCGGCUCCACCGAUGGCGGACCGUAUAAGCUCGGCAUGGGCAAGAUGACGUGCGGCCGCGGCUCCUACACGCGAGACCUCGAACCCAUUCUCGCAGCAUGCUAUCACCACAAGAUCAAGGUCCUGAUUGGUUCCGCUGGAGGCGACGGCAGCAACAAGCACGUUGCCGAGAUGCUCGAUCUCGUCAAGGAGAUCACGGAGAGCAAGGGUUAUUCGUUCAAAAUAGCGACGAUUCAGGCGGGUAUGGAUCGCGAAUGGAUCAAGUCGAGGAUAUCCCAAAAUCGAGUCGGUCCGUGUGGCCCUGUGGAGCCUUUGGUAUCCGAGGUUGUUGAUGGUGCUGUGGAUGUUGUUGCGCAAAUGGGAUCUGAGCCAUAUAUCGAGGCACUAAAGGGAGACCCGGACAUCAUCAUAGGAGGAAGAUCCUAUGACCCUGCCCCCUUCGCUGCCUUCUCAAUCUCUCGAGGAGUACUGCCUGAUGUUGCGUGGCACAUGGGCAAGAUCAUGGAAUGCGGCGGCAUUUGCGCCGUACCCAAGGGACGAUCAAUGGUCGCAACCAUGAGAAAGGAGUCUUUUGACCUCACACCCUUGUCACCAUCAGAACGAUGCACCCCUCUCUCCGUAGCAGCGCAUACCCUCUACGAAAAGACGAGACCAGACCGUCUGCCCGGCCCAGGCGGCGUCCUCAACCUCGACAACGCCAAAUACGAACAGGUCACCCCAAAGACGUGUCGUGUGUCCGGGGCCCGUUUCGAGACGACGCCCUAUCAGGUCAAACUCGAGGGCGUCACCCAUCUCGGGUAUCGCACAAUCUUCAUCGGCGGCAUCCGAGACCCUAUCCUGAUUGACCAGAUUGACGACUUCUUGGAGAGAGUCCGCAAGUAUUCCCAGAAACUAUUCCCCGAGCUCGACAAGACGGAACAGUGUCGGCUAUUGUACCACGUCUACGGGAAGAAUGGCGUGAUGGGCCCUCUGGAGCCAGUCCAGGGCCGCCCCCACGAGAUUGCGGUGCUGGGAGAGGUCGUUGCACCCACGUCUGAGUUAUCACACACAAUUGCCAACAAUGUUCGGGCGUCGAUCCUGCAUUUUGCGUAUCCCGAUCAAGUCGCAACGACAGGAAACUUUGCCAGCCCCUUGUCGCCGCACGAACAGAAUGCCGGGGCUGUGUUUAAGUUCAGCCUGUAUCAUCUGGUUGACUUGGAUGGCGGCGAGGAGUCAUCAAUCUUCCCUGUCCAGCAAACAUCCAUCAGCUCUUCCAAGUCAUCAAUAACCCCUGAGCCGAGUCUCUCCGAGGAGAAGUUUAGGGAACUUGACAACGGCACCCUCACACCUUUGACGAAGAAGACGGUGCCAACAGGGGAGACCACGCUCAACGAAGUUGCGCGCAUCAUCCGGUCCAAGAACUCUGGACCAUUUGAAAUGACGUUUGAUGUCAUGUUUGACGACCCUGCCGUCUACACGCGCGUCAAAGACUCCAACAUCUUCACCAACGAUACGAUCAAGAAGUUGUACCGAGUCGACGACAGUGAUAUCCUAACCAACAUGUACUUUGAUCCCGCCCUUGCUUGGAAAUGCACUAUCAAGCGACCAUGGCCCCAAGGCAGCGUUGGCGAGCGCGAUACCCUCGGGACACAGCAGCACGCACCUCUUCUCAGUAUCAGAGUUCCUGCGGCAAAGCCGGUGAAUGGAGCAAUAACGAAUGGGGGUUCCAAGGUCGCUGUCAAAGGAACGAACAAAUCCGUUUCGCGAGGAGACCUUACGGCGCAAGGUGUUGUGGAGGAGAUCUGGACAGGCCUCGGACUCCCUUCUGAGUCCUUGAGCGCAGUAAACCUCGAGAACAGUGGUGCCCCGACCUUUCCAUCAUCUUUCAAGAUUGGCAUCCUCGCACAGAGCUCCAUCGCGUUAACAGCUCUGGCGGCAUCACAGGUUCACGCUUUGCGAAACGCCGUUGCCGUGCCCAAGGUUGAAGUCCCUCUUCAGCACGCCACGGUGGAGUUCAAGUCAGAGAGACUCUAUACUCUCGACAGCAAGCCGACGCCAUCACCCUGGGGUCCCAUCGGCGGACUGCACAAGACCUCAGACGGCCAUGUUCGGAUCCACGAUUCUUUUCCUAACCAUGCCAACGGGAUCCUCGAGAUGGUGGGCUUGCCUGUCGGAUCAGACAGACAACAACUAUCAGACAAGGUUGCCAAUUGGGCCAGUAUCGACCUCGAGACGGCCGCCACGGUGGAGGGAAAGAUGGCGGCGUAUGCUCUGAGAUCCUACCGCCAAUGGGACGUUCUCCCACAGUCAAAAGCUAUCAGCGACUUCCCUAUUGACAUUGCUCAACUCUCACCAGCCGGGCCCAAGGGUCUUCCGGAGAGAAUGGCAGGGGGUAGUUCAAAGUGCCUCCAAGGUCUCCGCGUCGUCGAGAUGAGUCGAGUCAUUGCCGCCCCCUUGUGCGGAAAGACGCUCGCAGCUCACGGCGCAGACGUUAUCUGGGUCACAUCACCGAACCUGCCCGACCUCCCAACCAUGGAUCGUGACUUUGGCAGAGGAAAGAGAACGGUUCAGCUGGACAUCCACAACCCUUCCGAAAAGGCCCAGCUAAUUGAGCUGAUCAAGACCUGCGACGUCUUCGUCCAGGGGUUCCGCCCCGGCAGCCUGGCCAGCUACGACUUGUCACCCGAAGAGCUGGUGAAGAUCAAUCGGUCCAUCAUCAUCGCCAACAUGUCUGCAUUCGGGCCCCAAGGCCCCUGGUCUAACCGUCGGGGCUACGAUUCCUUGGUGCAGACGUGUUCGGGCAUGAACGUCUCCGAAGCAGAGCACGCUGGGAAGGGAGAAGCCGCCCGACCGACUCCCUGUCAAGCUCUCGACCACGCUGGAGGGUACUUCCUCGCAACGGGAGUCACUGCAGCUCUAUACAAGAGAGCGACGCAAGGCGGGUCGUACAAGGUUGAUGUUUCCCUCGCUGGCGUAAUGAAAUACCUGCGAAGCCUGGGGCAAUACCCUGAAGCUAGCGGAUUUGAAGGAGUUGGUGACUACGAAAAGCCCGAAGACGUCCCCAGCGAAUUCUUCGAGACUCGCAAGACGGGAUUCGGUCCCAUGACGGCAGUCCGACAUAGUGCCCGGAUCGAAGGUUGCGAGGUUGGCUGGGAAGUGAUGCCGAAGCCGUUGGGGUCAGAUGCUGCAUAA